AUGGAAGAAGAAACCCCUAAUUCGAUGUAUAUCACUGCCGAUGUACUCGAAGACUUGCUCCUGAAAGUUCCCCUGAAAUCUCUGUGCAGAUUCAAAAGUGUAUCGAAAGAAUGGAAAUCAAUACUGGAAUCAAAGAGGUUCGUAGAGAGACAUCUGAGUCUUGCAAAAGCUAGCCGGAAGAUUCUCCUGGCUGCUUACCACUGCAACUGCGGCGUUUCGCCGAGUCUCCUCCCCGAGUCACGAUUCGAAGGAGGCGAAGAGUUUUUCUCUUUACAUUGCGACGCGACACGACCGUCGAUGAAUUGCGACGGUUUAGUUUGCUUCCCCGAAGCAGAGUGGGUCGACGUUUUGAACCCCUCGACGGGACAGCUCUGGCGAUUCAAUUCCCCAUCCCUCUUGAACCCUCGCCCAAACUCCACCACGUUUCCCACCGGAUCAUGGUCGACUUAUUUCCCGGGAUAUUGUGCGAUGGGAUUCGGUAAAGACAGUGUUAAGGGUAGCUAUAAAGUAGUGAGGAUCUUUGGUGCUCCUAACUAUUGCGAUAUUCUUGAUGUCAACACCGGUGAAUGGCGGAAACUUUGGAAACCACGUCGUUUCAAAGUUGAUGUCGGACGAAAAUCCGCGUCUGUCAACGGAUCAAUCUACUGGUUACGAAUUAGGCCUCAUGGUUCCAUCUACACGAUACUAGCCUUGGAUCUCCACACGGAAGAGUUCCGAGAUGUCCAACGUCCACCUCUCCCCAAGGGCAUCAUGUCUGAAGCACAGAUUGUCAACAUUGGUGAUCGUCUUGCCAUUGCCAUUCCUGAAUCCCAUCCUGUUCACCAAUACGUACUAAACAUAUGGAUUAUGGAUGCACAAGAAGAAACUUGGACCAAUUCUCACUCCAUUAGUUUAGCUUCUCUCGGUAUGGUGGAGUCUAGGUCCUUCACGCCAGUGACUCUCUCUAAGCAUGGGAAUGUUGUUUUCUAUGACGAUAAGAUGUGCUUGUUCAAAUAUUAUCCACACACAGACCAACUCCAAAUCCUCUCCAAAGACAUUUGUAUAAUAUCUCCCUACCUCCAAAACUUGGUCCUACUUCAGACUCAACAAGUCGAGUUUAAGACUGGGAUUACUUGCAUCCGCCGCGAAACAGAGAUAACGGAUGUGGUGGUGGGUCAAUCAACAAGUGUUGACGAGAUUCUCUCUGAGGGAAUAGCUAAGCUAAUACUUCUCUGCUGCCUAGCACGUUCUGGUUAUUGUGGCAACGUCGUCAAGAUUGCAUUCUUAAUGAAGCUCUGUAGUAUCACUGGUUUUUGA